AUGUCGACCCCAACACUCAUCAAUCUUCCGCCUCCACCGUCAGAUCCCGUCACUCCGUCUGAUAUGGGGCCAGGCACACCAAACUCGGGCACAACGUCCCUCUCCGCAUUAUCAACGACAGCCAUCAAAGACGGCCACCAGGGCCAUCCACAUCCCCACACGCGACACACGCAUCAGUCAUCCUCUGCAUCCGCAACAUCAACAUCAACUCUCGAAGCAGAGCGCGCGGAUCGAAUUUCACGUCUGGCCGGAUUGGAGCGCAUAGCGACUGCGCGGGCCGGCGGUGGAGGCGGAGGAGGGGGGAAUCAGAAUAUUGUGUCCGGCGUAGGAUCGCUGGCACCAACAGUGACGAGCGGACAUUUCGGUCAACAACCGUAUAGCGCAAACAACAAUAACAACUAUAACAACCAACAAGGGUACUUUGACAGCUACCCGCAACAACUCCUCAAAGAAAGAAGCACAGUCGGCAGCGCAAGUGCCACAGGCAGCGUCGGCGGACAGACAACCUGGGCUAGCGGCAGCGACGCCUUUGAUCCCGAUAAAAUGAGCGAAGAUCAAGACCACGAUUCAAGCGUUAGUGACGAUGUCGAUGAUAGGAUGAGCGAUGAAGGGAAUGCCAGUCUGGUAGGCUUUGGUGAAGGCGCAAAUAGUACGAUUAGCGGUCCGAUUUCUACUAUUAGUGCGCCUGCUGGUGGCGGUGGUGGUAGUGGUGUUGGUGCUCCUGGGGGACUGGUUCGGUUGCAGUCGUCAUCAUCGACGGGUACGAAUCCUCGACCGUCGACUUUUGGGAGUCCGCCUGGGAAUCAGAAUAGUGGUGGAUUUGGCAGUAACAACCCGUAUGCUACUAUUUCGCAACAGCAGCAGCGGUUUUUCACUCCGUCGCCGGCCGGAUCGAAUACCCCUGAGCCAUGUGAUGAUGCGCGCAUGGUCGAUGGUAUGACCUAUGAUUCUGAUAUUGUCGAUACGACUGUUCGGACGCCGCGACUUGUGGGUGGCCCGAAUGAUCAGGAUUCUCCUGGCGGACGAUAG